AUGAAGCGAGUCUCGCGCGCCUGCCUGCACUGCCGCCAGCGCAAGUCGCGCUGCGAUCUCGACAGCAGCGGCAACCCCGGCAGCCCGCCGUGCCAGCGCUGCCUGCGCGACCGCCGCGACUGCGUGCUGGGCUCCUCUAACCGCGGCGGCCGCCGUGUGCGCAAGAAGCCCGUCGACGCCGACGCCCUCACACUCCCGCCCGCCGUGCCUGCGACGACGACGACGACAACGACGACGACCACAGCGCUGCCCGCCGCCCCGCGCACCAAGUCGCUGCAUCUCAACCACCACGCCGUUGCCGUCUCCGCUGCUGGCGUCGUGGGCGUCGUCACGCCCGGCCGGCCAGCCUUCCCGCCGCGCGACGGCCAUGAGGACGGGCACGGCGGCGGCGACGACGACGACGAGGACGACGACGAUGACGACCUGGGCCUCGCGCCCAUCGCCGACAGCCCGUUCGGCCCCGGCGUGCUGCAGAACCCGUCCGAUGCGUGGCAGUGCCUGACCAACGUCGCCCACGACGACGACGCCAGCUUCUACAAGGCCGGCAGCCCGUUCCCGUCCGACUCGCGCCGCUCCACGCACAGCACGCUGCUCGACCACCCGCCGGCCGCGGGCCCGGGUGCAGGUGUAGGUGCGGGUACGUCCGCUGGGGUGGUUGUCGGUACUACUGCUGGUGCUGGGACUGGUCCUGGUCCUGGUGCCAGUGCCGCUGCUGCUACUGCUGCUGCCGCUGCCGCUGCCGCCGCGGCCUCUGUCUCCGCGCUCGACGCGCCCAGCAUCGCGGCGUACCGGCUGGUGCAGAACGGCACGCUGACGGUCGACCAGCUGUGGGCGCUGGUGCUGCACUACGCCGACCACUUCCACCCACACCUCCCGCUGGUGCCGCGGCGGUACUUCGCUCGCGCGCAGCUGGGCGUCUUCGCGCGCGACGAGCGCCACCUGCUGACGGCCAUCCUGACCAUCGCGUCCAAGAACCAGCCGCGCGACGGCGUGGUGGUGGUGCACGACCGCUGCGCGCAGUACAUGCACGAGCUCAUCGCCGACGUGGCCGCCGGCGCGCCCUGCGACGUGGGCGCCGUCGAGGCCCUGCUGCUCAUCGCCGAGUGGGAGCCGCCCGGCCUGCAGCCGCGCAUCAAGCCCAUCGGCCGCGGCGAGGAGAACCGCGCCGCCUGGAUGCACGUCGGCAUGGCCCUGCGCUCCGGCUACUUCCUGGGCCUCGAGCGCACCUCGUUCCGCGGCGACAGCGGCGGCGCCGCCGACCUGCACGCCACGCACCGCCGCCGCCUCGCCUGGGCCUGCUGCUACGUGUCCGACCGUCUGAUCUCCGUGCGCAUCGGCCGUGCCUUUUGGUCGCGCGGACCCGGCCCCAUGACCGGGCUGGUCAGCGACGACUUCCCCUCGCUGCGCCCGCGCACCGCCGGCGACGAGGACCACUCCAAGAUCCUGCAGGCCACGCUCGACCUCACGCAGCUGUACGGCAACGUGCACGACGUGCUGUACUCGGGCAUGCGGUCCAGCAGCCACAUGAUGCUGAUGGGCGACUACGUCAAGUACGUCGACGACUUCCGCAUCGCCAUCGACCGCUGGUCCGACCGCUGGAGCCAGCUGACGUGCGCGCCCGAGCUCAAGGUCACGCUGCAGAUGCAGUGCGUGUAUCUCAGCCUGUACACCAACGCCUUCGCCUUCCAGGCCGCCAUCUCGCAGACGCUGUCGUCCAAGCCCAAGUGCACCGCCCGCAUGCAGCGCGAGUACCUGCGCGCCACCUUCAGCGACGUCGCCUCCAUGCAGGACUCGCGCUUCAUCUACGCCUCCGUGCGCUCCGCCAAGGAGUACCUGCGCAUCCUCAACACCUCCGUCGACCCCGAGCGCCACCUGCGCUAUCUGCCGCUGCGCUACUACCUCUACGGCACCUAUGCUGCCGUGUUUCUGUACAAGGCACAUUCCUUCGGCGUGAUCAGCCGCGACGAGCAGUCGGAGCUGCGCGAGAUGAUCCGCGAGACCAUGGCGCGCAUGUGCCGCGCCAGCGCCGGGCCCGACAAGACCGGCACGCGCUACGCCCUGCUGCUGGAACGUCUGUGGUUCAAGCCGUCUGCCCCCGCGGCCAUCAUCACCACCACCACCCCCUCCUCCUCCGCCGCCGCCGCCGCCAACACCACCACCUCCUCCUCCUCCUCCACCACGGCAGCCCCCACGACGCUGCUGGCCGGCGGCGUAUCCGAGCGCGGGCCGCCGCGCCACCCGGCGGACGUGGCGCUGCGGGCGUCGACCAACGGGUCAUGCGAGGCCGCGGCGGCGCAGGUCAGCCCGGCCAACGACUUCUCGUGGCUGGACCUCGAGGCCGUGGGCGACUUCGUGCUGGGCAACCCGAUGCCGGGCGCCAACAUCCUCGACCUGUCGUCGCACGUGCACGAGGCCUACCCAACCUACACCAACGGCACGCCGUGUCCCAUCUGGCCCGUCGACCAGAACGGCAAUCUGCUGUUCUAA